CAGAAAUUGUCCACUACAACCAAAUUAAUCCAGCAGAGUUUGCAACUACUAAUUUGAGAAGAUCAGUGUGCCUGUGUUCUCAUUGCCUUAUCUACAUUGAGUUUUAUGAGCACAUUAUUGUUAAUUUGAUAAAUAUUUAGCUUCUUAACUUUAUUUUAGUAUUAAUCCCUGGGAGAUAGAACACAUUACAAAAAUGUGCAUAGAGGGCUUUUAAUAGAUAAUUUUCAUUCCAGAUGAGAAACUGAUUUAAAGCAAUUUUUCUCACAUUCAACCCUGAAAUAUAAUCUGCUUAGGGCAAUGGCAUUAGAGGUCUCAUCUGACUGUGAGUGUCCUAAUUGCUUGGAGGAUGCUGAGAGUGAGCCUGAUUGGAAUUUCUAUUCCAAAAUAAGAAAAAAUGGCUCCUUACAUUCAGGAUCAAGGAAGAAACCCCUCCCUCCAUUUGGUAUAUGGAGCUAUCCUCCCCAGUGCGGUCUUACUAGGCCAAAAAGUGACAAGGAAGACUCAGCAUUUGUUGCUGCAGAGGAGGAAGAAUCUGUGGGGUUUUCCCAAAAAAAUUAUCUCCGGCUGAGCCCUGAAGGUAUCCGCAGGAAAAUCAAACCUUCGGGAGAGCUGACUAUCCAAGAUUUACUGAGGGACUUUGGGGUCACUGGGAAGUUCCAACCAAUCUCCAUGUCUCUGGGCCACUUCAGAGAUCACGUGGUUAUGAAGUUCCGGAGGGCUCUGUACUAUUCUGGAAUCUGGGUGUCCCAUGUCCAGGGCUACGGCUGUGCAAAGAACUUGUCAGCUAAGUAUUUCCAAAACAAUCCUGGUAGCCUACAUCGCCUGGUUCCCUGGCUAAAACGGGAACUGAGAGCUGUUUAUGGAGAUUAUGGCUACACAGUAAAGAAUAUUCUAGCUGCCAUCCUCCAUCAUAUGACAAAAUAUGAUUUGGACAGUGAAGCCUUCGUUCACCUCUUGGAACCUUAUCUUCUACAACAUACCCACCAUUUCCUGCAUGAGUUUAUCAGUUUUGUUCAUUCACCGUACAACAUGAAGACCUAUGACCAGCGAGCCAUUUAUCAAUGCCCUUCUGUUUCAACAUGGGUGAAAAAGGAAUCUGUUGCCUUAGGUCCUAUUUUGCCUUUGCCUAAAGAGCACAAUCUAAUGAUGUCUCAGCAUGAUAAAAAGCAGUCUGAAGACAACCAGGGUCAAUGGAAUAAAGAGGGCAGGUCUGAGUCUCACUUGAAACCGUUCCCAAAUGGUAACUCUUCCUUGAGACACUCUGAAGUACCACUAGUCAAUCAUAAAACAGCAAGCAAAAUCCAUGAUUGGACCAAAGCCAAAGCAGAAUCAAGCAAUCAAAAAGGCACAAUUUCUCCUGAUAAUGUGCUUCUGAGCUGGGCUACCCAAAGGAAAAGUGGUCCAGGAAUGCUUAAUUGCAAAAAACAUAUUCAAGAGAAAGACACAGAAUGGAUAAAGUUGUAUCCUGGUCAUAUCCAAGAUCUGAAAAAGACUGAACCAGUGGCACACACCUUCCAUACCCCAGAAAUUUCUAAUUCAGUGCAACAGCAGAAGUACAAUCUAAGAGAAAGAAAGGUUUUGCAUAUUGGCCCCCAAACAAAUCUCCAGAAAAAACAAAUAGAAAAUACCAAAUACUCAGAUUCCUCACCAAAAGUUUUCCAAAGACUGUCCAGAGAAAGAGCCUUGAUAAAUUGGAAACCUAGAAAGAGAGAUCCUUCUUGCAGUUGCAUCUCAGAAAGCACCCUUUUUCCUACGAGACAUGGUAGAAAGCUAAGUUCUUUCAGAGAAAAGAUAUCAAUUUGCAGACCUUCUUCCCAGUUUAUUGAAGGUGGUUCACACCACAGCAGAGGAAUCCAAAGACAAGGGAGGUCCAGUACCCAGAGAUCUAAAUCCUGGUGUGUUGGACAUAGAAGGAGAUCUGAAGGCAGAGAGUCAAGUAAUCUCUCUCUGGAAAUAAGUCAUAGAUGUGGACCCUUCACUGAGAAUACAGCCUGUGGGUCCCCAAAAGAAAUGAAUGUGCGGAGUCAGGAAUCCAACUAUAAGAGGGCAUCCUUGACCCCAUCCCAAUGUCUGAAACUUUCUUCAACAGCUGGGAAGAGGCCCAAAUGUCCUUCUAAAGGUGAAGGUGCAUUCCAAACUGAGAGCCCCUGUAACAGUUCCCCCUGCCUACAUAUUGUGAAGCAAAGAUCCCCCAGUAAAGGGGAGAUGAAGCAAAAAGCUGCGUUUUCUAGAGCUAGAAAAACCAGAGGAGUCAGUCACAGGAAAAACAAAAGCCAGCAUUCAGAUAUACAAACCACAGAGGAAAUCGGUGAUGAGUCAGGGGACCUGGAAGAUACAGGGCCAAAAAAAGAGUUUUUCUGAACGUGCCCCUUCCUGCAGGAGGCCAAUCUCCCAGUACCAGAAGUCUGCAGAUCUACCAGAGGCAAGAACAAACACAGAGGCGCCCUCAUACUAACAGAGGUGCAAGUUGUUUUCAGAGGAAAAUAGUUUUUGUUGGCCUCCAAGUUUCUUUAAAAGUAUGAAUAUAAUCUAAAAACAUUAUUAAAAAUAUUUACCACAUCACUUUGUCACUGGAACCAAAGCCUGAUGAUUAAAUUCAAAGCUUCUCUUGGAGACAAACACAUACUA